AUGGGAAAGCUAAAAACCCAAAUUUUUAUGAACAAAAACAGUAGCAUUUUGGAACUCAAAGUGGUGGUAGGGAAGCUGCAAAAGAGACUUUUGCAAGCCAUGAAAUGGGCUCCGGAUGAAGAAAGGAGAUUUAUUGUUCCUUUGGCUUAUCUUGGUCGUCCAUCGUUUAAGAUGUUGUUGGAAAGUGCGGCCGAGGAGUAUGGAUUUAGGCACAAGGGUGCACUUAUAGUGCCGUGUAGGCCGAGUGACCUCGGCCAAUGGAUCAUGGAUGGAGCAGAUGAUAAUGUUUGUUGGAGUUCGUAA